AAGCACAAAUAUAGGAUCCUAUUUAAUUUCCUAUCGGUGAAAUAUAUAGGUUCCUACAUAGGAAUUUUCAGUAGGGUCACGGUUACCCCGAAAGAGAUUAUACUUAUAAGUUAUUACUGAAAUUUACAAAAACUAAAAAGAGAAGAAGAAUUCGAGAAACUUUUUCCUGAGUGUUGUCUAAAAUCCAUCACAGUGUCGAAUGUCAAGGAAAAGAAAAUGCCUCCAGGGCGCCGAUAUCCUGGUGGUCGUAAUGGACCCGGAGGUCGAAUCCAAUUUAGUCCGCCGAACAUUGGCGGUACCAAUUCCUCUUCUGCAAUUGGCAAUGGGGCGGAUGAAAAAAAAUCAGUUGAUUCAAUAGGCGGGCGUUUGUUAGCCCCGAAACAUGUACCAAUUCCAACAAUCCCUGUAGAUGGACAAUUAAUGUUUGAAGCUCUUUCUCUUGCCACGUCAAUUAUUGCGGCAUGUUUGCAACUUCUCCACUUGUACAGAACUGUUUGGUGGCUACCACAAUCGUAUAACGAGUAUACUAUGAACUUCUACCUGAUAGAUCCUCAUUUACUGAUAUUUAUCGGCACGAUGGUAGCCCGAAGAUUUAUUUACGCCCUCUUGCAAAGAAUCAUGGAUUCGAUAGCACCUGAUCAUUGGCUUCCAACGGUACAACAAAUUAUGAGAGUUAUUCUUCUCAUAAUCGUGAUCGGAAUUCUUGGCUGGUGCCUCUACUACAUGAGCGAGAAGCAUAAUAUCAUGAAAGUCUUUUAUCUUUGCUAUCCAAGUAUUUCUGUCUAUUUUUUGAUGUUCGGCGUGAGUAUAGGGCCUUUUUUCGACAUAUCGACUACGCAUUCGUACGUGAAAGAUGAUCGCAAAACAAAAUACUUGCUCGACAGGCCGUUACACAAUUGCUCAUUAAGUGCACCAGCUAUCAGGGCGGAGGUAUCGAGUCUGAGAUUAGACUUCAAUCGAAGAUUGAAACGAGCCCUUUUCGCAUCCUCUGGCAGUGCCUAUCUCUGUGGAAUAGCACCGAUUAUAUUUGCACCUCAGCAUUUAAAUUUUAACGUGAGGUGGGUGACACAGCACAUAGUUUUGUUCUGGCUUGGAAGGCUGAGUGCACAUUUUGCACAAGCUUAUCCUGUAAGGUACUGCGACGUUUUACACAAGGCUGCCCUCCACCUGGGAAGGUGGUACAAAGUUGAAGGUCGUAAUAACCAUCUGCCAGCGCAGACAUGGAACGAUUCUGUUUUGUGGCCACAUGGAUCGCUUGUUAAGCACAACAAAGAGAUGUACCGUUCGGAAGGUCUUUGCACAGCCGCCGAACCAGGAAACUCGAGCCACUAUCGUUUCCACGCACUAUUCAGCAACCCGACUAUGCUGCUUUGUUCACUGUUAGGUCUUCAGAUAUCGCUUGUGGCUUUUCAACUGAUGAUACUGCUACACACAAUAGAAUGGUAUCAAGUGUUGUCGAUGACUUUGCUUACAGUGACCAAUUACUAUACUUUAUUUAAGCUUGCCAGAGACUAUCUAAUUUGUUGGAAAGUGUACCGUGCAGAGCAGAUCGUUCAAGAAAAAGCGCAAACUGCUCUGAGCAAUGCCACUCAGUAAUAACUUAAAACUUAUCUAAUUUCUACUACCCGUGUUCUAAUACCAGCCAAGAUGUCUGAAAAACUGCGAAAAAUUUAUGUGUUUGCUUAUCAAGGACAAUUUUUCUCUGUGAAAUUUAAUAUACUAUUUCCGCAAAGCAUUAAGUUUUCCUCGUCACUGACUUGACCGGUGAAUAUUGGAACAAAAAAGGUUUUUUUCUGGACAACUUAGUCUAGUCUAGAGCUUACAGAUCUCUGAAAAAAUAGUUUUUCUAUGUUUUUAAGAAACUAAAUAAUAUUACUGAUUAUGUCACUUGAAAUAAAAACAUUAUUUUUAAUGAGAAGAAACAUUGACAACAAAAAUUUAUUUUUACUUUUUACAAAAUCGUGUGAUUGUAACAAAUGAAGGCUUAUUUUUCUGGGGCAAGCAUUAACUGCACUGUUUCAAAUUUUGAAAGUAAAUUUUUCUAUGCCUGAAAUUAUUCUAAAAAUUUAUUUAAACGAAAAUAUUCUUUAAACAAAUAACUAUUUGAAGGUUAUUUACUUAUUUUUAAAAUUGGAAACAGUAGAAUUGUAUAAAAAAGUUUUCCCCGAGAAAAAUAUGUUAUGCUUUAAUAAAAUUCAACCAUUUUUUUAAACUUGGUAAGAAGCGACAGUAAGAAAAAUUAAAUUAUAAAAGCUAUUGGUAAAAUGAUCAUUAUUCGUACAUUUUAAAAUUUUUUAUAGAAAAUAAGAAUUUUUAAUUUUACAAGGUAUGACUAAUAAUAUCAUCAAAAAUUCCUAAAAUAGUAAUGAACUUUUUUCUUUCAGAGGCCUGAUUUUUGGCACGACAGUUAUCUUAAUGUACCUUUAGUACCUCCGGUGCUAAAGCCACCAUAGGGUGUAAAAUUUAGUUUUUUUUAUCAAAUAAACUAUUCUGGCUCAAUGAUAAAAUUUGUUGACAAGUUGUGAAUUUGUUUAUAGAAUGUAAAAUCAUUAAACUAUAAUUAAUCAUAAAGUAUCAUUAGGGAAGGAUUUUUUCAAGUAAUUUAAAAUUGAUGUGCUUGUUUAUUAAAUUUUUUGAUAGCAUUAUCAAUUACUAUGGAUUUAAGAAAAUGUUAACUAAGCCUUUUUAGUUUACAUAUGUCUAGAACAAAAAGUUAAGAAAUAAUUUCUUCAAGUAUUUUUAUUCUUUAUUCAUUAAUAUUUGCCAAUAAAAAAAAUAUUUUUAAUGUUGUAAUCUGCUGGA